CUUGGAGCCUCGGUUCUUUUGCAGGGAAAGCUCCUCGAGCAUGAUGUCUUUGGGAGUCCUGAUCUUUGUUCCCAGGUCGAACUCUGAUGCCUCUGGCUCCUCCUCAUACUCUAGCAUGAAAUGGCUGCUUCUGUCCAACCUGCUGAGUGACCCGCCUUACCUUAGCCACCUGAAGUGGUUUCUGAUGCUCCGCACCUCCCUGGAGACGAAAGCCCCAUGGUGCUCCACCGGACAAUUUUGUGACAGACUGUGCUGCGUCUCUCCCAGGACUCCCACUAAAGACAGAUGAGUCCUGUAUCAUCUGCUCCAUGACACAGAGGCAGCAUUGCGCCAGGUGGCCCCUCAUAACCUCCAUGUGCUGUCACAAUGGCCUUGGCUGCUCGGGUGAACAGGAGUCUAUGGAUGACAGUGUCAGCACAGAGGCAAAGGAAAGGCAACGACCCCCACACCUUAUCUUUAUCAUGGUGGAUGACCAGGGUUAUGGAGAUAUUGGCUACCAUGGCUCAGACAUCCACACGCCUGUGUUGGACCAGCUGGCAGCAGAAGGGGUCAAACUUGAAAAUUAUUACGUCCAGCCCAUCUGCUCACCUUCUCGCAGUCAACUUAUGACAGGGCGCUACCAAAUUCACACUGGACUCCAGCAUUCGAUCAUCCGAUCACGUCAACCCCUCUGCCUGCCCCUGGACGUUCCCACCCUACCAGAGCGUCUGGUUGAAGCUGGAUAUGCCACGCACAUGGUGGGGAAAUGGCACCUUGGCUUCUGCAGGCCAAACUGUCUACCCACCGGACGUGGCUUUCAGAGUUUCCUGGGCACGCUGACUGGCAGUGGAGACCACUUCUCCUAUCGGAGUUGUGAUGGGGCUGAAGCUUGUGGAUUUGACUUGCAUGACGGAGACAGGCCUGCCUGGGAGAUGGCUGGAAACUACUCCACUCUGCUCUACAUAGAGAGAGCGAAGCAGAUCCUGAGGAGCCAUGACCCCCAUAAACCACUCUUCCUCUAUUUGUCCUUUCAGGCUCCCCAUACACCCUUGCAAGUACCAGACCAUUUUCUGCACAAUUAUGAUUCCCAGGGCAAUCGUCUUAGGCGCCACUACUCAGCCAUGCUGAGCUGCCUGGAUGCUGGGAUUGGAGAAGUAGUCCAGGAAUUGAAGACUACUGGGCUCUAUGAAAACUCAGUACUGAUAUACUCAUCUGAUAAUGGCGGACAGCCACUGUCUGGUGGGAGCAACUGGCCAUUGAGAGGUGGCAAGGGGACCUACUGGGAAGGAGGCAUUCGGGCUGUGGGCUUUGUCCACAGUGCCCUCCUGAAGAUGAAGGGUGUAGUCAGCAGAGCACUGAUCCAUGUUUCUGACUGGUAUCCCACAUUACUGGCGAUGGCUGGGGCCCUACAGUCGCACCAUGGACUAGAUGGUCACAAUGUAUGGGGAACCAUCAGCGAGGGCCUGCCCUGUCCUCGCACUGAAAUCCUUUUCAAUAUUGACCCAGUCUCAAGGAAGCCUGGGGAACCAUAUGACAAGGCAUUGGUACUCAAUGGCUUUGGGAUCUGGGACACAGCCGUAAGGGCAGCAAUAAGGGCUGGGGACUGGAAGCUGCUGACGGGAAAUGUGGGUGAUGGGGAUUGGAUUCCACCACAGGCUCUUCCCGUGGGUCCAGAACGGUGGCAGAAACUCGAGAAGCGGCGCAAUGAGCUGGGGAAGUCAGUUUGGCUGUUUAAUGUCACCUCUGAUCCCUAUGAGAGGUCAGACAUGGCAGAAGCUCGUCCAAAGGUAGUGAAACAUCUGCUGACCAGGCUAGCAGAAUACAACCAGACAGCAGUGAUGGCCAGGAACCCACCAGAUGAUCCUAUGGCUGACCCUGAGCUCCACGGAGGGGUGUGGAGCCCCUGGCUGGGCCUGGAGGGACAGGAGACGAAUAGUGGAGAGGAGGAUGGCAGGAAAGAAAAGAUAAUGAAGAUUAAACACUGCAAACUAUGCAAAUUAAAAGCCCUCUUCAAGAAGGUGGGGUCACGGUUACAGAGAAACAUGCUGUUCUUCUAAAUGUCUUGUGUAGCAACAUUAACUGGACUAAAGGGUUCAGUAUGCUUCAAAUGAAAUAAAGUGACAUCUGAACACAUCUAAAGCCACACUUGCUGCAGAAAACUUCAGGGGUUGGAGGUUCCAGAUGCUGUUCAAUGAUCUGACAAGGACUUCACUUAAAGCACACUGACAUCCUAACCAGGAAGAAAAAGGGAAAAACGAAAUGGAGACAAACAAAAAUACAGACGAGACAACGUCAGGCAGGUCAGAUAGACAAGAUAUACCUACAGUCAAAUACUGGAGGUUGGCAGAUAAACAAGUGAGGUUGAUAGACAAAGCAGACAGAGCUGUGCGGCUGGCUGAGCAAGCUGACUCACUCACUGUCCUGCAGCCAAACUACAGUAGGGUGACUUUGGACUGUCGUUGGACUGUGCAGAGAGCAAUGUGUGUGUCAUUGUCUGUAUUCAUGAAUAGUUUGAUAAAUACAGAUAGAGUGCAUACAUGGCGAAGUGAGGCCUAAAGAGAUGCCCUUGGAAGAAAGGCAAGGGCUGUGACCUCUUGAUGUCUCAUCUCUAAAUCAUCUGAGAGGACCCUUCCAGGAUGACACAAACACACCCACUGGGUUUUUUUUGUCAUAUGUCAUCUCUUCCUUUGGGGUUCUACAGAGUCACUUCUGCUCACACUGAAACACACCCACCAACGCUAGUGGUUGCUCAUGGUGGGAAGUGUUGGGUCUCUGUAAAUAAUAUUAUUAAGAGCAUGCUCUAGACCUGCUCUAUAUGGAAAGUGUCAUGAGAUAGCUUCUGUUAUGAUUCAGCACUAUAAGAAUAGAAUGAAUUGAACUGAGCUGAAUUGAAUUGAACCGAAUUGAAUUAAAACACCCCUGACCAACGAUGUUCAGUCCCUGCAGCAUUGACUAACCAACAAAAGCUUUUAAAUGUUCCCUUACUCAUCUACUCAUGCAUGGAAACUGAUUCAAUUUAUCUAAAUAAAAUCAUGAAUGCCAGAAAUCAAUGUUAACAUGUCAUGGUAUACACAAAAGGCAGCUUUAUGUUCAAGGUGUAUAUUUUUAACAUUUGUAACAUUUUUCAAGCUCUCUCUGUAAUUUGGAACUGAUAGAAUUGAUACACUCUUGCUGGUUUAACCUAGAGAGUAUUUUAGAAUACAAUCUAAUACUUUUUACGGGAAUUAUUAUUUAGUAUUUAUUCCCAUUUUAGUGUCGAUAAUUUUUUACUACAAAAUCUUUCCAGGAAACUACAACAUUUUUCACAGGUGUUUAAUAUCAGGUACAUGAUAAAUGCUUGUCAGCACACAUAUGAAAAUACUUAACACUAAUACAAUAAAAACAUUUAUCCUGACUAUCUGCAUGCUUUUGUCAUAAGGCCCAACCUGUUGUCAGUAAUGUACAAUUCUAAAA